GAGGCUGCGGCUCGCGCCCGAGUCUGUUACGCGAGGAGGUGCCACCAGUGCGCAUGCGGCUCGGAAAUGGAGCUGUUAGCACCAAUGCGAUUGUAUACACUGUCCAAACGACACUUUGUUCUGGUCUUUGUUGUAUUCUUCAUUUGUUUUGGUUUGACAGUCUUCAUAGGAAUUGCAGGUCCUAGUGUAAUUGAAUCCACUGCAGUAACAGCUAAAUUGAAUAACUUAAAGAUGAGGCCAUUUAAAUUAAAUUCAAAACCAUUGUCUACUUAUAACCAGCAGCUGUGGCUGACAUGUGUGAUUCAGCUGGAUCAGCCUGAUGAAUCCAGCUUCAAAACAAAUGUUACUAUGACAGUUAAAAUACGUGGUGUAGAAGAAAAUGGAAGUUCAUCGUUCAUUAAUAAACAAGUUUACAAUCGGACGAGAAUGCUGAACUGUGCACAAAAAUGUGCCGAAAUCAUUGUGGUUCACCUUGGCUACUUGACUUAUACUCAGUACGAAGUCAUUGUUGGUUUUGAGGAUCUGAAUAAGCUGAUGUACCCCAUCAAGAAUGUGAAUUUCACAUGGAAAACCUACAACCCAUCUUUUUCACAAGUGGAAAUCUGGUUCCGAUUUGUCUUUGUAGUUCUUACUUUCAUGGUCACUUGUCUGUUUGCACAUUCCCUCCGGAAAUUUUCCAUGAGGGACUGGGGAAUUGAACAGAAAUGGAUGUCCAUCCUCCUUCCCCUGUUGCUGCUUUACAAUGAUCCAUUUUUCCCCCUCUCAUUUUUGGUGAACAGUUGGUUUCCUGGAAUGCUUGAUGACCUCUUUCAGUCAGUGUUCCUGUGUGCAUUGCUGCUGUUCUGGCUCUGUGUCUACCACGGGAUAAGAGUGCAGGGAGAAAGGAAAUGCUUAACAUUCUAUUUUCCCAAAUUCUUUAUCGUUGGGCUUCUGUGGUUGGCCUGUGUUACAUUAGGAAUAUGGCAAACUGUUAAUGAACUACAUGAUCCAACAUACCAGUUCAGGGUUGACACAGGUAAUUUUCAGGGAAUGAAAAUCUUCUUCCUUGUGGUGGCAACUGUGUAUAUCUUGUACCUUUUGUUCCUGAUAGUGAGGGCGUGUUCAGAGCUUCGCAACAUGCCGUAUGUUGAUCUCAGGUUAAAAUUCUUGACUGCAUUGACCUUUGUAGUUCUUGUCAUUAGCAUUGUUAUACUUUAUCUACGCUUUGGAGCACGAGUUCUACAGGACAACUUUGUAGCUGAGCUGUCAACUCAUUAUCAGAAUUCAGCAGAAUUCUUAUCAUUCUAUGGUUUACUCAACUUCUAUCUCUACACUUUAGCCUUUGUGUAUUCCCCAUCAAAGAAUGCACUGUAUGAGUCACAGUUGAAAGACAAUCCUGCCUUUUCUAUGCUGAAUGAUUCAGAUGAUGAUGUGAUUUAUGGGUUUAGAAAAUGUCACAUACAGGAUUUCUGUGGAGAACAGACUGCUAAAACAAUGAGGCUUUCAGAGUCUGGUUCCAACUAAGAGUGUCACUGAGUAUAUGCUGAUUUAAAAUUGCUUCCUUGCUGUCUGUUUUUAGAGGAUUAUGUACAGCACAUCAUCUUCACUCCUGAUGCAGCUUGUGUUAGCUAUUGUGUACAGUGUCCACUGGUGAUAAAGUGCCUCUCUUUCUUCUUCCUUUCCUCACCCUGCCCAUCUGAGUUGGAGGUACGAAAUGGCAGGUAUUUCCACUGAUUUCUGAGAAACCACAAGCUUUAUUGCUUCUGCUUUGAGGGGGCAGCAUUCACAGUUCAGUGGUCAGCUCUGUAAUUGACUGGAGUUCAUAAAAUGGAAGUUUGCCAAAUAUCUACAGUUAUGAAUGUGAGACAGGUAUAAAUAUUCAAGUUCUGUUGAGGCCAAAAUUUAUAAACAGAAUAAUAAUAAAUAUUAUAAUCAGCAGUGCAAAAUAAUUUGCAAGGGUUUCUCUUAGAAUGAUCAAAACAAAAUAAGACAAAAAUAAGUUAAAACGUCUAGUUUAAAUAUUUUAAACUGUUGCAAACCUUGGUGGGAAAUCCAUCUGUGUUGAGGGCAGAGGAGGGAGAAAAUUGUUACAUUUCCUACAAAGGGUACAAUAUACAACUUAAUAUUUUUAACACAAACAUUCUUUUAAUUGCUAGAUCCUUUCCUAAAUUAGGAUUUUUCAUGCAGUCUUCUCAUAGCUGUUU